CCGAUAGAAGUUCAUUCACUAAACAAGACCCAAAUCCUAUAUGUUGCAAUGCAAAGACAGAACCAGAAUGUACUGAAAUGUAAAGCAUUACUCAGUGUUGGAAAGCUCGAAUCGAGAAUAAUACCCAUUUCAAUUCCCUUCUGGUUGUCUGAAAACCCGCAUGUUCGAUUGUCGAUUACAAGGCCCGAAGCUCCACCAUAUCUGAGUAUCAGACAUGAAUUGAUGUUCAAGAGUAAACCCAGAGUUGCUGCUGGAAAUCAGGGGGGGUUGUCCGACGAAGACGAUGAUCUUUGCCCUGUAGAAUGUGUGAGGGAGUUCAAGACGGAUGAAGAGUUCAUCAGAAUUCUAGACAGGGCAAAGGAAAGUGGAGCGCUGGUGGUUGUGGACUUUUAUCGAACAUCUUGUGGGAGUUGCAAGUACAUAGAACAAGGGUUUGCGAAAUUGUGCAGGGGAUCUGGAGAUCAAGAGGCUCCGGUUAUCUUCUUGAAGCACAAUGUCGUUGAUGAAUAUGAUGAACAAUCUGAGGUUGCUGAACGACUGAGGAUCAAGACAGUACCACUGUUCCACUUUUAUAAAGAUGGUGUGUUAUUAGAAGCAUUUCCCACUAGAGAUAAAGAGAGGAUUCUUGCAGCCAUAACCAAAUAUUCAUCCACUGCUCUUCAAUUAUGAUUUUAUCAUUGUUCUUCUACACAAAACCUUUCUUAUAAUAUC